UUCUGUUUGACGUUUCUCUCCGUGAAUUGAACCUGAAACGUUUCUCUGGUCGGUGUUUGUGGUGUAAAAUGUGACUUUCUGCCGCGGUGAGACUCUAACGGAGCCUCGGUGACAGUCGGUGCCGCUGAAGGAGGCCGAGAGGCUGCGAUUCCGGAGCGGCGGUGAGUCCGUCCCGCUACAUGCUACGUGUCCAGCGGCGGCGGCUGGCGAACGGAGCUAGCUAACGGAGCUAGCAUGGAUCCAGAGCUGUAACCGGGACUUUAUCGGCUCACAGGCACCGAGCAGAUGUUCAGCAGCUGGAAACCGCCACCGCGGAGCCAACAUGGAGGACGGUCCGGUGUCCACCAGCUAACCGAAAGGAGAUGGAGGCUAAUUUAAGGAGUUCCGUCUGAGUUUUAGUUCAACUGGAGUCCAAAAAUGAUGUAUUCAUCGAGGAGGAAGCCUGUUCUCUACUUCAAAGAGGAGAGGAGGUUCCUGUCUGGUAAAUGUACCAUCUACAAGCUGUUCGGUCUCUGCAUGGUUCUGGUUCUGGUCUCUCUGCUCUGGCUGCAGCUCAGCUGUUCAGGUGACAUGUCCUCCAUGACACAAGACGACCCCCUUGUCCACCAGCAGCAGCCGCCACCACCGCCCUGUCAGGGGUCUGUGGCGGACGACCCGUCCUGGGGUCCUCACAAACUGGCGCUGGUGGUUCCGUUCAGAGAGCGCUUCGAGGAGCUGCUGGUGUUCGUGCCCUUCAUGCACACGUUCCUCAGCAAGAAGAAGAUCCGCCACAAGAUCCUCAUCAUCAACCAGGUGGAUCACUACAGGUUCAACCGGGCAUCCUUGAUCAACGUGGGCUACCUGGAGAGUGGCAAUGACACCGACUACCUGGCGAUGCACGACGUGGAUCUGCUGCCGCUGAAUGACGCUCUGGACUACGGCUUCCCCGAAGACGGUCCGUUCCACGUGGCGUCACCGGAGCUCCACCCGCUGUACCACUACAAGACGUACGUGGGAGGAAUCCUGCUGCUCACCAAGAAGCACUACCACAUGUGUAACGGGAUGUCGAACCGGUUCUGGGGUUGGGGCAGAGAAGACGACGAGUUCUACCGACGGCUGAGAAAAGCCGAGUUACAGCUGUUCAGACCUCACGGCAUCGACACCGGGUAUAAAACCUUCCUGCACAUCCACGACCCGGCCUGGAGGAAACGGGACCAGAAGAGGGUCGCCGCUCAGAAGCAGGAGCAGUUUAAGGUGGACCCGGAGGGAGGCCUGACCAACCUGCGGUACCGGGUGGAUUCCCGGCAGGAGCUGAGCAUCAGCGGAGCUCCCUGCACCGUCAUCAACACCAAGCUGGAGUGCGACCAGAGCCUGACUCCCUGGUGUCUGCUGGGAUGACCUGUUCCACCGGUACGAGCCGGAUCUAACCGGACUAACGAACAAACUACUAGAGGUACAUCUGGACUGUAAGAACUGUGACCGACCGGAGCUGCUUCAGGACUUAAAACUAAGACUCGUCGUCGGUUGUUCCUUCGUGCAAACAGAGCGACGGACGCUUCAUGAACAAUCUGCCGCAUCGUGCUGUAACUGUUUUUGUUUUUUAGCUUUCUAUCCACGGUGAAGAUAAAGAUUUAUCGGUCAAAUAUUGAGUUUUUUUUUUUAUUUCUGUCUGACAGGAGAAGCAGUAAGUAUUUUUUAUUUAAGUUUUGCUACAAUAGAUCCCUCAGUGACGCAUUACGUUCACCAAAGUAUAAAAAAUUACAGGAUUUAUUUAAUCAUGUUGACUUUUGUUCUGUUAUUUAGUGUUUAGAUUGUGGGCGGAUUCAGAGAAAAUCAGCCAGAUUUCAUCAAAAUAUCCCCAAAUCCUCCUCAGAACAUCUGGUUCUUCAUCUCCAGUAACUUUAUCAGUGAUCAGAGUUCCACCUUCACAUGUUUCCCGAGUUAUAAACGGGAGUCCAAACUUUUUUUUUCUCUACUGAAGAUCGCCCCCGAAAAGACUCAAAAUCCCCACAGAUGACACGAAAUAACCUCAAAAAGACAUAAAAUCACCACAAAAUCACUUCUAAAUUACACCAAAAAUGCUGCAAACAUGCACAAAAAGACACAAAGUAACGACAAAAUGUGCAAAAUCAAUUAUAAAAUACUCAAAAUCCCCACAAAUGAUUAGAAAUUACCUCAAAAUGACACAAAAUUGCCACGAAACACCACAAAAUCACUUUUAAAUUACACCAAAAAUGCUGCAAACAUGCACGAAAAGACACAAAAUGACGACAAAAAUGUGCAAAAUCAAUUAUAAAAGACUCAAAAUCACCACAAAUGAUUAGAAAUUACCUCAAAAAGACGUAAAAUCACCAUGAAAAGGAGAGAUGUUUGUGAUCAUUUGGGGUUAUUUUGGACGUCUUUUGAGUCAUUUUGCACAGGCUUAUGGGGUAAAAGUGUCUUUUCUGACCAUGACUACAACAAUGAAUCUGUAGUCCUGACAGUGAAGCACAGAGGUGGAAGUUUAAUGAUACGUAGCUGGAGAAAAACUGGAACAAAGCAUGUUCUGGGUAAACUUUAAGGCUCGUAUCGUCAUGUGUUUAAGAAGAAACCAGGGUUACUUUUCCUAUGAAUGCUUCGUAUUUCUUUUCUUUGGUGAACGCAGCGACUUUCUCCAUCUGAGCCAAACCAGAAGAACUUUUUAUUCUUGUUUAACGGAUCACAGGAAGGUUUUCAGAUUUCCAGAUCCUUUCCUGCUGUUACAGAGAGGUCGGUUGUGUUUGCAGACGAAUUAAAAACUCAGACGGGAUCUAUUUCUGUCCGUUUAAAGUGUUCUUGGUGAGUCUUUAAGUGUUUGUCGGCGACUUUUAUUUAUGACCAUCCAACAGGUCUGGUUCAGAUUAUUUAAGCCGGGAUUUCCAAAACGUUUGUCGUAGUUUUGUUUGUCCCUCAUGCAGACCUCCAGACUCUUAAAGUUUAGAUUUAUAUCAUGAAAAUAAAACUGAAAAAUGAACUUUUAA